AGUUCGCUCAGAGUGUCAUCGGCUACUACAAAGUCAGUCACGAUUACAACCAGUCAGUGUUGACAAACAUUUCCAUGUUGGUACCUCGUUGGAGAUAAGACACCACGAGGUUCAUACAAGCUGUUAUAUAUACAUAGGUUUUCAAUUUAUUGGUGGUGGAACAUAUCGAUUGGUGGCACAUAUCUGAAACCAUGUCUGAUUUAGACGAAGUUAUUUACAAAGCGGAUCAAUUCAUUGAAAACUGCGAAUUUGAAGAAGCUUGCAACCUGCUUCGACAGCACAUGAGUCCCCCGAAAUAUGAAGUUCUUCGUCGCCUGGCAAAUUCUCUGUACAGUCUGGUCAGAGAGUGGUAUCGAACGGAUAAGAAACGAGCGGAUAAACUAAUCCUCGAAGGCUACGACAUCUCGUCCAAACUACUGGAAGUAUCGCCCAAUGCGUCCCCUUCGCACAAAUACUACGCCAUAUUCCUCGGCGAAAAGGCUGGAAUCUCCGGACCAAAGCAACAGAUCAUGUCCUUGGUCAAUGUGCUCUCUCACAUCAAAACCGCCAAUCAACUGGACCCAUUGGAUCCCUUCGUGUGGUACUUGGAGGGAGGUUUCUACGAGAAACUGCUUUGUUUGCAUUGGUUCGAAAAGAAGUUUGUGUACACGCUGAACAAAGAACUGGUGCGGCCAACGUACGACGAUGCGCUUAGGUGCCUGCUGAAGGCAGAGGAGAUUAAGCCCAACUUUUUCUACUACAAUCAGUACCUCAUCGGGAAGAUCUAUUUUGACCAGAAGGAAUUUGAUACGGCAAAACCGUAUCUUUUAAAGCUAGCUAACCUUAGAAUACUCAGAACCGACGAUGAUAAGCGAGCCAAAGAGGAAGCGGAGAAAAUGUUGGCAAACAUGUAAUCUCUCUACAGAAUCGAAGUGAUUUGUGUCUC